GCAAGGCCAGAAACCAUUAGUAGCAUCCUCUCUUCAAGUAAAACCUGCUGCGUGCAUACUUACCGGGCACGAACCUUGGAAACAGGUGUUGACACACACACACACACACCUGGGGAUGUGAACGACAAACUGCCACUGGCUCAGCGGGCGCAGCUGGGUGAAACACCCGCCCUUUGCGCCCACGAGCCGAUGCGUUUGGGUUUUCGUGCUUUAGCCGCAAUGGGAAUCCCAGAGCAGCUGGCACAAGUGCAGGAGAAGGUGCGUGGUGCUGUCGCUGCGCGUGCUGCCGCGGUGACUACGCCAGAAGCACCGGUGCGGUUGGUGGCGGUCAGCAAGACGAAGCCUGUGGAGGAUCUUAAAGCGGCAUACGAUGCAGGACAUCGGCAUUUUGGCGAAAACUACGUUCAAGAGCUGGUAGAGAAAUCCCCUCAGAUGCCGGCGGAUGUGCAGUGGCACUUCAUUGGGCAUUUGCAGAGCAACAAAGUUGGGAUGUUGGUCAAGGGCUGUCCUGGCUUGACCUGCCUCGAGACAAUCGACAGUGAAAAGCUGGCUCGAACUGUCGACAAAGCGUGGAAGGCAGCCUACCCUGAGAGACCCCUCGGAGUGAUGGUGCAAGUGAAUUCCAGCGGUGAAGAAACCAAGAACGGUGUGGAGCCAUCUGAAGUGGCAGACCUUUGCAAGGUGAUUGCUACUGAGUGCGAAGGCUUGAGAUUAGUUGGGCUCAUGACCAUUGGCGCUCCAGACUAUAGCGGUUGCCGCACGGAGGACUUCGAGACUUUGAAGCGAUGCCGUGCAGAGGCCGCGGCGGCUAUAGGGGUGGAGACAGAUGCCUUGGAGCUUUCGAUGGGCAUGAGUGCCGACUAUGAGAAUGCGAUCCGCGAAGGGUCGACAUCUGUGCGGGUGGGAUCUUCGAUUUUCGGUGCAAGGCACUAUCCAGCGAAAUCGUAGGGAAGUGACCAAUGGUGCAGCCGACAGAAUUUGCAGAUCCUAGUUUGAAGUGGUGGAGAUUGACAAGUGCUGGUCAACCAAAUUGAACUCCAAUAGAUCCAUUUAAGUGUGGAAGUCUGGAAGUCUGUGGGCUGGGCUGGCCCUGCAACUCUUUGGAAGCCCAAAGCCCACUGGAUUCGCAACCUGAGACUUUCCUUUGGAAUCCCUUGCCAGCCACUCAUGAACAGCUGCGUUCUACUCCAAUUUUCACCGUGAGCGAUUCCAGCUUUCGGCCAAAGGUUGCUCGUCGGGAGAAAAA